GACUCCGGUUUCUGUUGACAAAUGUGUGUGGACCGAUGCUAACCUGAAAAUCUUAAAAAGUGCCCCUUUUCGCCCCAAAACUGGAAUAAAAUGUAAAGUGCGCGGGUCAAAAUACUACGGAAACUGGACGGAUCCCUUUAAACCCGUUCUGAGUCGGAGCCAUGUUGAAGUGGCUCGCUGGAGAUGAAGGGGCGCCCGGGUCUGCGGGCCCCCCUCCUCCAGGCUCUCCUUCGGGUGCUGUUGUUGUGGAUGAGAUGUCGGAGCGCCUGACUCAAACUGAGCAGCUGGUCUCUCAGUUAAAGGACCUGAUCCGAGAGAAGGACGCCGCGCUCAGGGCCAAAGAUGAACAACUCAAGGCAGAGAAAGAGGCUUGUGAGGCCAAACUGUCAAAGCUCCGCCUCCAGAACAAAGCCAAAGUCACAUCUCUGAGCUCACAGCUGGAGGAGCUCAAGAAGCACCACGGAGCACCCUCGCCAAAAAAGGGUGAGAACGGAGACCAGGCAGCUCGAGGGAAAGUGGUGCUGCUGAAGAAGAAGGUGGAGGAGCUGGAGCAGACGCUGAGCCAGAGAGACCAGGAACUCAAAGUAAAGAGGGAGGAGUUGGAGUCUUGGUUUCGGCGUGGGGAGGAGAUAGAUCAGAUGCUAAUGGAGAAGGACAAGAAGUUAGCUGAAAAAGAGGCUUACAUCGUGCACCUGCAGACAGCGAUGGGAGGAGAACAACCUACAGUGCCACCUAAGGAAACAGAGGACAGUGGCUCUCUGGUGGACCUUCAGAAUUUGGUCCAGAACUUGACGAAGAAGAUCGGAGAAGCGGAGGAACGUUACAGCCUUCUACAGGAACAGACAGAGAGCCUCAAAGAGCUGCUAUCUACAGAGCAGGACAAGUUCAACAAGAAGGAAGAGAUGUACAAGCAAAACAUUCAGACCUUUAAAGACAUAAUUCUCCAGAAGGAUAACCAACUGAUGGAGAUGAACCAGAUGCACGAACAAGAACUUUUCAAACUCGCCGCUAAAUCUGAUGCCAGCGCAGACUUGGAACAGCUUUUGAAGGCCCUCAAACAGAAGCUCCACGAAAAAGAGGAGGUGCUUCUAGGUAAAAACCAGGUUAUAGACGUUCUACAAGGAGAAGUGGACACCAGAGAUGGACAGAUCAAGGAGCUGCUGGAGCGUCUGAAGCGUGUGCAGGUGGAGCAGAGGAGUCUGGAGUCAAAAAUGGAGGCAGAAAGACACGUGAUGAAAGCUCAGAUCAGAGACCUCAUGGACAAACACCAGAGCGAAGUGCAGAGGAUGAAGGAACUACACCAAGAAGAGAUCUCCAAAACACAACAGGAGAUACUGCACAGGGUGGAGGAGAGGAGGAGAGAGGAGGAGAGCACGGGGGACCAGAGGAAGAGAGGAAAAGAGGGGACAGUGACACAGAGUCCAGAAAAGACUGAGGCAGAUGAGGCAAAAACUGCACAGAGGAUUGCUCAACUGGAAGCUAAAGUGAAGGAGAAGGUGGAGGAGGCGAGUAAAUCUGAGGCAAAAUUCCUGAAGAUAAAGGCCUGGUCCAAAUCCAGAAUCAAACAGCUGGAAGAGGAGCUGAGGAGGAGCCAGGCUGGAUCUGCUUCUCCAGACCUCAUCUCUCUUCAGUCUCAGAUCACAGCACUGGAGGAGGAGAGGGAAGAAAGCAUCUGGAAACUGGAGCACUACGAAGAACUCAGAGCAAAAAACGAAAUGCUUGAGGCCAAACUGGUGUUGUAUGAGGAGCAGCAGAGAACGCUACAGGCCGAUCUGGAGCAGUUCACCAAGAGAGCCACUUCACAGGCGAGUGAGUCGGGCAGUGCAGACGACCCACACUCUCAGGUGCUGGAGUGGCAGGAGAUGGUGGCAGAGGCCGUCAGUGCCAGAGACAGAGCCCAAGAAGAGAAGAAUGCUCUGAGUGUGAGGAUCAGUCACCUGGAGGAGGAGAAGGAGGCUCUGGCCACUCGGCACCAGGAGUUGGAGGAGGAAUUGGCCCAGAGCCGAGGCCUGAGUCCGGGCAAAGGAUCCAGGAAGUCGGGGCGCGUUGCUGAGAGGAGCCUGCAGGAGGACUUUGAAUUGGAUGGACACGCCCCUCUGUUCCCCACCCCCCACAGCCCCGCGGACAGCGCCGCCCAGGUGGAGAUGGAGGGAGAGAACAUGGGAGGUUGGUGGCCCGAGUUCAGUUCACCAGACCCAGGUGGGCUGCGGUCAGUGGUGGAGGAGCUGGAACUGGAGCGGAACCAGCUGCAGGAGCAAAUCCUGAGUCUAGAAGAGCGCUGCCAAGACCUGGAGGACAGACUACAGCUGCAGGCGCGGAUAGAGACCCUACAGGUGACGUUUGGGGUAGAGGAGGACGAGCCGCCAUUUUGGGUACCUCAGAAUGAAACCGAGCGCCUGCAGGGUCAGCUGGCGAGUGUGAGGAGCCAACAGAGCAGAGAGGCUGAGAAACAUCAGCUCCUGGUGUCCAGCCUCAACCAGCAACUCAAAGGACUGAGUGAAACACAGGAGACUCUCGAGACGUCUCUGUUGGAAAAGGAAACGUCUUUGGCCCAAACCUCUGAGAAACUGGAAGUCAUAAAUAGCCUGAAGGGGGCCCUAAGAGAGAGAGAGGAGCAGAACAGAGAGCUGAGUGAUCGCCUCACACACACCGAGCACAAUUUGGAGGAGGUGUCGAAGAAAUGCAGCAUCUCUGAGAAGCGAUGCUCUGAGCUGAAGGCUGAAGUGGAAGACUUAACACAAAAACUCACCGCCCUCAAAGAGAAGGCUCAAAAACAAGAGUCCACAAUUGAAACUUUACAAACUGAACUGGACCAGACCAAUGAGGACCUGGAUAAAUUAAAUUCGUCUCAUUUGGAGGAACGUGCUCAACUCAUCCAUGACCUCCAAAGCUGCGAACGUGAAAUCGACAACCUUAAAGACGUGCUGUGUGAAAGAGACAAAGAAAUCGCAACUUUAACCAGCAACAUGACCGAGUACUCAGACCAAAUCACUGAACUGAAGCAGGAAAUCAGACUUAAAGAAAACAGUUUGGUCCAAGUCGAAAAUGCGCUACAAAAGGCCGAACGAGACGCCAUGGUUUUACGAGAGUCACAAAGUUCAGACCAGCAGGUUUUGCAUUCUAAAAUAUCAGAAAUGGUUGAGAAAAUUAAGGAUUUUGAGACGGAAUUGAACAAAAUGAAAGAAGAGGGGGACGCAAAAGGAGUUGAAAUAGAGCAAUUGGUUAAACAAGCUGAUGAGGACAAGAAAUUGAUACAAGAAUUAAGAUUAGAUGUUCAAAAACAAGCGAAUAGUCACCGUAACCACCUGUCUGAAUGUCAAACACAUAUUAAUUCACUUAAAGACCAAUUAACAUCUGCUAAUGAUAAGCUAAACCAAGCGGGAGAGGAAAUUUCCAAGUUGAAUUCCAGUCAGGGAACACUGCAAGAGAAAGAGGAAAUGUGGGAAAAAGAGUUAAAAUCCCAGAAAGACGAAAAUAAUAAACUUUUAGCUGAAGUUGACAAGUUUAACUCAGAAUUUAAAACUCUCAAUGAGGAUUUUAAGCAAAAACUCACGAUUAUAACAACACUAGAGAGACAAAUUGAUGAGGAAAGGACAAAAUAUAAUUCAGAAUUGCAAGAACGGGAUUCGGAACACCAGAAGAUAAAAAACGAACUGCAAAGUAAGUCGGAAAACAUGUCCAAAUUGAAAAAUGCAUUGAAGAAUUUGAAAUCAGAAAAAGGGCAACUGCAAGAAAAGAUUACAAGUUUGAAUCAACAGUUUGAUUGGGAAAAACAAAAUUUAAAUCAAGAAAUUCAAGAUCUCAAAGAAGUAAAAUCUAAAUUUGAAAAUGAAAUCAAACAGCAUCUUGGCACGAUAUCUGGGCUUGACAAUGAAAAAGUCUGUUUAAAUGCAAAAAUAGCCCAACUUGAUGCAGUGUAUUCGGAAAACACAGCAACUAUUGAAACAUUACGUAAGGAAAAUGAAGAUCUAAAAAUUCAAACAGGCGAUUUGAACAAAGUUUUGGAGCAGAGUGCACAUUCAAAUUCAGAAAUUUUACUUGCAAAAACAAAUGAAUGCACGCACCUCAGCCAGGUAUUAAGAGAGAAGGAGGAGGAGAUGAUGAGACUGCAUGAAAAAGUGAGCAAUUUGAGUUCCAAAGUUGGGAAUCUUGAGCAAGAGUUAACAGAAAAAGAUAGCUGCAUUUCUGAACUUAGAAGCAAAUUAGAUGUGCUACAAAAUCAGCAAAAACAACUUGAAGAAUCCUUGUCCAAAAUGGAGCAACAAGAAGAAAAUCUCAAAUCGGAAUUGUGUCAAAAAGAUGCAAUAUUGAAAGAAAAACACUCAGAAAGUUUGAAAUUUGAGAAUGAAGCUACAAAUCUGCAAAAUGUUAUAUCUAAGCUAGAAAGUGAGAUAGAAGCGCUCCACUUGGAAAACUUAAAAUUUCACAAACAGGCUGAUGAAAAGCAUGAGGAAUUCCAAAACUUGACCAAAGAAUUCCAGAAGCAGAGAGACGAUCUGGACAAUGCCAAUGGUUUAGUGCAAUCUCUCAAGUCCCAAGUUGGUUCAAUGGAGGACAACUUUAGAAAAUUGCAUUCAGAACUUGAAACUAGCAGAGCAGAAUUCCUGAAUUUGCAAAGAGAUAUGCAAUCAACUAUGGCAGAAAACCGUAAUCUCUCCAAUAAUGUCGAAUCCAAAAACAUAGAACUUGCCCAGGCCAUUGAACAACAGGCAAAGCUAAACACUCAAGUUAGCAACCUCUUAGAAACCAAUAAAAAAUUUGAACAAGAUAUGGAACAAAAUUCACAAGAAAUUAAUGCUCUUAAAAGUGAGCGAAGUUCAUUACAAGAACAGAUUUUGAGCGAUAAAACGCUUAUUGAAGGAUUGGUAAAGGAAAAAGACGAUAUUACACUAACAAUUAUGAAGCUAAACAAAGCACUAAAUGAAAACGAAAUCUUGAAUUCUGAGAAAACAAAUGAAUGCGUGAAUUUGCUAAGAGAAAAAGAAGAAUUUGUUCAAAAUUUACAAAAAGAAACUGGUGAACUGAAAAUCGAAAUUGAUCGAUUAAACGGGGCACUAUCAGAAUCCAAGAACCAGCAUUUGCAGCUUGAAGAUACGGUUUCGAUGCUCCAAGAGCAAGGUGCAGUGCUAAAGUCUGCGCUAAUGGAGAAAAACACUAUGCUGACUCAGAAAAUUGACGAAAUUAAGCUCCAAAAUGAAACUAUUUCUACAAUGCAAAAAGAUCUAGAUUUGCUUCGGGAAGACAGUCAACAAAAAUCGAGACAUAUUGAGCAAAAAGAGUUGAAUUUAACUGAAAUGACCAAAGAACUAGAAAGCCACAAAGAUGAGUUGGACAAAAGGAAUGAGUCUGUUUUGGCACUAAGCAGCCAGCUAGGUGCUAUGAACGAAAAUACAGUUGAAAUGGAAACUGAACUGAAUAACUUAAAAGCAACUAUGGAAAAGCUAACUUCUGAAAAGGCACAGUUGGUUCAAGCUGUAGAGGAAAACAAAGCUAAAGUGGUUGAUUUUGAAGAUAGCAUCCAACUUUUGAAGGACCAAAAUUCUAGUUUGAAAACUGAACUGCUAAAAAAUGUAACAGAAUUGGAGACAUUGAAGGUAGAGAUUGAGAAUUAUAAAGCCACAGUGAAAGAAAGUGAAACUAAAAUAUCUUCUUUAUCUGAUGAGUUUAAAUUGGAAAGAGAGAGGCUUAGUUUGGCAGAGAGGGCCAAUGAGGAUAUGCUAAAACAACAGCAAGACUUGGUCCAGAAGCUAAAUGCUAAAGUUGGCGAACAGCAACAGAGGAACAGUGAGAAUGAGAAAUUGGUAGUGCAAGUUUCUGAACUAGAAAAAUGUAUUGGGGAAUUUCAAAUAACAGUUCAAAAUCUUACAUCGGAAUCACAGUUACUGAAAGCAGCUUUGGAAAAUAAGGAACAAUCAAGUCUGGAAUUGGAAAAUGCAUCAUCUACUGCAGUCAAGAAGUUGAGUUCAAAUCUGCAAGACAAAACGGUUGAAUGUGAAAGCUUAAAAGAACAGAUUUCCAGUUUAGAGGAGGUAACGACAAAGGUAAAGAGCAGUCUUCAAGUACAAAUUUCCGAAACGCAAAAACUACAAAAAUCAUUAGAAGAGAAGGAAAUAGUUUUAGCCGAGCAAUCCAAAAACAUCCAAGAUUUGCAAAGGAGAGAAGAUGAAGCAUUGAUGUAUAAAUCGCAGUUCGUGGAAAGCACAGAGUUGGUAUCGAAACUACAAAAUGAAUGCAGCAAUUUGAGAACGGAAGCACAAGAAACUCAAAGUGCCUUUAAAAAUCUACAAGAAAAAUACGCCACACAUUUAGAGGAGUUACAAGAUGUCAAAAAUCUAUUGUCCCAAAAAGACGACGCUGUUCUGAGUUUGCAGAAGUUACUUGAAAAUAGAACAACUGAACAACAAAACGCCCAAACAACAAUAGAUAGACUAAAAACUGAGUUAGCAGAUGUCUAUAAACAGCUAGAAAACGCACAAAAAUCCAGCACUACAUUGGUCAAAGAGAAAGAAGCAGCGCUAGCAUCACAUCAGGAGAACGUUGCUAAACUAACUGUGGAAAUAGACAGGCUAAAGUCGCAGCAUGUUCAAGUGGUGACCCAAAUGGAUGCGCUGACUAGCAACAUCGAGCAGCGAGAGAUGGCUCUACAUGCUAUCAACAACCAGUACGCAUCGCAAGCUAAGCAUACGACGCAGUUGGUAGCGCAGAUUCAAAUGCUAGAGGAGCAGAAUGCCAGACUACAAGACAAAGCUAAAGAAAUUGAGGUUGUUAGCAAGGAGAAUGCUAAAUUGCAAGAGCGGGUUAGAAAACUUGCCCAGGAGAGGGAGGAUUUGUUGAUAAAACGGGAGCAAGUUGAGGAAAGCAAAGCGCUAAAGGAGCAAGAGUCCAGCAACGCAAUGGAGAGGCUGACAACCGAGAAGGAGAGCCUGCAAGUCAAGGAUGCAAGACGCAAGAUAAACGACACAGAAACAGGAGUCCACAUCGCUCGUGAAGAAAUGACUCCUUUGAGGUCAGAGCAAGGAAAACCGGACAUGCCUCUUCCAACUACAUCUCAGAUGUCUCAGAUGGAGCAGACAGUGAGUGGUCUGGAGAAAGAGAGGACUCGACUACAUCAGGACUUACAGCAGUGUCUGUUUGAGAUCCACCGCAGAGACCAGUACAUUCAGCAGGUGGCCAACAAGCUGCAGCAGGUGGAGCAGGAGAAGGCUUCACUGUGUGCUCAGCUCCGUCAGCAGGGGGCGCUGUACACUGAAGUGGCCCCCGGAGCGCCGCAGGAGAGGAACAGUGAGGCAGAGGCUGCUCAGCUGUCAGACAGGCUUCAGGAGCUGGAGCAGAGUCUGUCUGAGGAGAGAUCGAGGAGAGAGGCAGCAGAGGAGGCUCUGUGCGCUGCAGAGGACAGGGCCAAACUGCUCCAGUCCCGAGAGACUCAGAGGGACUUCAGCAUCGACAUGGAGCCAGAGGAGGAGUGGGAUGCAGUGAGUUUGGACCCCAACCAGCCCCUCCUCACCAGGAAGGUGCGCGGUUCGCUCCUGUCCUGUCGGCAGUGGCUUCGUGGGAGGAGUUUAUAUUUCUCACGGGUCCUAAGGUCUCGAUCCCGUGCGCCGUACCUGUUCAUGGGUUACCUGCUCACUCUGCACGUGCUGCUGCUCAUGUGCCUCACUGGAGCCCUCUAGUGGACUCGCUGGGAAUCGCACCUCCAUGUGUCUGAACUGAAACUAAACAUGAAACAAACACCUCCAAAUUUCAUAGCAAGAAUGAAAGUCCAGAUUAGUUGACCUUAAUCUUAAAUAUUGAUGUUAAACUGAGCAAUUUUCAGAUGUUUUAAAAUAACUUGCACUACCAGUCAAACAUUUGGACACACUUGCUUGUUUUUGUCUUUAUUUCUGUGAUUAUUUCCAUUGUAGAUUCUCACUGGAGCAUCAGAACUAUGAAUGAACACAUACGGAAUGUAGUAAACAAAAAUUAAACUUAAAAAAACCCUCAAAACUUGUUUUAGAUUUCAGAUUUUUAUUUUUUGUUGUUUUCUGUAUAAUUCCAUGUAUCCUGCAUAUCUGUUUGUAUAUAAAAUGUAUAAAGUAGUAAAUCUAAAGAAUGGCAAGGUGUGUCCAAACUUUUGACAGGUUAUGUAAAUACAGACAUGUGUACUAUGUCUCUAUGGAGAUGUUACUUAAUUUUUGGUGUCUUAUUGCCAAAAAUUACUUUGUUUGGUGGAUUUGCUUGUCUCCAUGGGAUGUUUAAUGCUAUACUGUGGAACAUUUCAGGCAAAACAAGAAUAUCAUGGAGAAUAGAAGGUUUUGCACCCGCCACCUUAAAACCAACAUAGUGAGUGCACUUUAAAACUGAGACUAGUAAAGAAACAUC